CUGCAGCGUCAGUUCAACGUCAUUUCCGGUCUCUUCGCUCCGGAGCUCAGUGGAAGCAUGGCGGACGCCGGACUAGUGGACACUCUCUUGCGGCGGGUGGAGGAGGCGGAGGACGGCGUGGACAGCCUCCAGGUGGCAGGCAGCCUGGGGUUGGACCAUCAGGCGGUGGUCGGGGCGGUGAAGAGCCUCAUCGCGCUCGGAGAGGUGAUCUCGGCCGACCUGCGCUCCUCUAAACAUUGGGAGCUGACGGAGGAAGGGAAGGAGAUCGCCGAGCAGGGCAGCCACGAAGCGAGGGUGUUCGGCUCCAUCCCCGACGAGGGGCUGGCCCAGAGCGAGCUCAUGAAGCUGUCCUUCGGGAAGGUGGGCUUCAGCAAAGCGAUGUCCAACAAGUGGAUCAAAGUGGACAAGACCCACGAGGGCGGAGCCAGGGUCUUCAGAGCCGUGGAGGCGGUUGUGGACCAGGUCAGGGAGAAGCUCCUCCAGGUUCAGGGUGGGGCGGAGAAGCUGGAGGAGAAGGAGAAGAGCGAGUUGAAGAAGAGGAAGCUGCUCUCUGAAGUGACGGUGAAGUCCUACUGGAUCUCAAAGGGCAGCUCCUUCAGCACCUCCAUCACCAAGCAGGAGACAGAGCUCACAACGGAGAUGAUCGCCAGCGGGAGCUGGAAGGAGAAGACCUUCAAGCCCUAUAACUUUGAGGCCCUGGGCGUGGCCCCAGAUUCGGGCCACCUCCACCCCCUGCUGAAGGUCCGCACCCAGUUCAGACAGAUCUUCCUGGAGAUGGGCUUCAGCGAGAUGCCCACCAACAACUUUGUGGAGAGUUCCUUCUGGAAUUUUGACUCCCUGUUCCAGCCUCAGCAGCACCCUGCCCGAGACCAGCAUGACACCUUCUUCAUUUCGGACCCGGCACAGGCUAAAGGUUUCCCCGAAGAAUACCUGGAGAGGGUCCGCAAGGUCCACUCUGAGGGGGGCUACGGCUCACAGGGGUAUAAGUACGACUGGAAGAUCGAGGAGGCCCAGAAGAACCUCCUGCGUACGCACACGACGGCCGUCAGCGCGCGCAUGCUCUACAAACUGGCCCAGCAGGAGGAGUUCAAGCCGGUGAAGUACUUCUCCAUCGACCGGGUGUUCCGUAACGAGACCCUGGACGCCACCCACCUGGCGGAGUUCCACCAGAUCGAGGGCGUGGUGGCGGACCGCGGCCUAACGCUGGGCGACCUCAUGGGCAUCCUGCACCAGUUCUUCAACAAGCUCGGGAUCACCAAGCUGCGCUUCAAGCCCGCCUUCAACCCCUACACUGAGCCCAGCAUGGAGGUGUUCAGCUACCACGAAGGCCUGAAGAAGUGGGUGGAGCUGGGGAACUCGGGGGUCUUCCGGCCGGAGAUGCUGCUGCCCAUGGGGCUCCCAGAGGACGUGACAGUCAUCGCCUGGGGGCUGUCUCUGGAGAGACCCACCAUGAUCAAGUACGGCAUCAACAACAUCCGUGAGCUGGUGGGCCACAAGGUCAACCUGCAGAUGGUCUACGACAGCCCCAUCUGCCGGCUCGACUCCUGAGACCAAGGAGACCCCCCACCGGACCCCCCAAGCAGACCCCCCUCCUGAAGGGCUCUCCUCACUCUCCCUCUAAUUACAACUUUUACUCACUCAUCCUCUCUCUCACACACACACACACACACACACACACACACACACACACACACACACACACACACACACACACACACACACACACACACACACACACACACACACACACACACUGUGUGUGUGUUGAGGUGAGCUUAGGGCUGAGUAGGCCGUCUAAGCCCUGCUUUGGAGCCUGUUACACACGGCCAGUGUGUGUGAGGGAGAGGCUUAGGGGAGAGGCUUCGGGGAGGGAGAGGGGGAGGGAGGUUCCAAACCAAGACUUUACAACGAGGACCUGCUCAGGUCAUGGUCCUCUGGGUGCUGAUGGGGUGCUGAACACCCGGUUUGUACAGAAUGUUGAGUGAUUAAUGUUUUGAAAAACCAUGAAUGAAAUUAAUAAAUUCCUUUUUCAAAACAC